AUGGGAGAUAGCGCGGGCAGUGCUUCCACUGACCGGAAUGGCCAAAAACACAUUCUGCUGAAUGCAUUUGAUAUGAGCACCGUGGGACACUUGUCCCCCGGCCAAUGGAAAAACCCCAGCGAUAAAUCCGCCACUAAGCGCAGCCUGGAGUACUGGGUUGAGCUGGCGAAACUUCUCGAGCGGGGCGGAAUCAACGCGCUGUUCCUGGCUGAUACCUUUGGAGGACACGACACGUACCAGGGGAAGCUGGACGAGUGCAUUCGCCGGGCGGCGCAAUGGCCUGUGACUGAUCCAUCGAUUCCCAUUUCGGCCAUGGCAGCAGUGACGAAGCAUCUGACCUUCGCCAUCACCUCGUCAACCUCCUCCGAGGCGCCGUUCCUGCUGGCCAAGCGGUUUUCGACACUAGACCAUAUGACACAGGGCCGGUUCGGAUGGAACAUCGUGACCUCGUACAAGAAGGCGGCGUUCAAGGCCAUCGGGCUGGACAGUCCCAUCGAGCAUGAUGAGCGGUACCAGCAGGCGGACGAAUACCUGCGCGUGCUGUACAAACUAUGGGAAGGCUCCUGGGCCUCGGACGCCGUCUCCCCGGAUCCGACGACCGACUCGUACAUCGACCCGGCCAAAGUGCGCACGAUCAAGCACAAGGGGAGAUACUACGCGCUCGAGACACCCCACAUUGUCGACCCAUCUCCGCAGCGGACGCCCUUUCUCUUCCAGGCGGGCACGUCACCAGCAGGCUCGGCGUUUGCCGCCACGCACGCCGAGGCGAUCUUCGUCUCGAGCCACUCGCCAGCGGUGCUGCGGCCCAAAGUCGACGGGAUUCGCCAGCUGGCAGCGGAGAAGGGGCGGGAUCCGCGGUCGAUCAAGGUCUUUGCGACGUUCACGCCCAUCCUGGGCCGGACGGACGAGGAGGCCCGGGCCAAAUACGACGAGCUGAAGAAGUACGCGUCCGUGGUUGGGGGGCUCGUCCUCUUCAGCGGAUGGACAGGCAUCGAUAUCUCGCGGAUCCCGCUGGACCAAGAGAUCACGGCGGCAGACUCGGCAGAGGCGGGCCGGAUCGCGAGUAUCCUGGAUGCGUUCACGACCACGAGCAAGGACAUCCCGCGGUGGACGCCGCGGGUGGUGGCGGAGAAGGCGUCGAUCGGCGGGCUGGGCCCCGUGGCGAUUGGUAGCGCGGCGACGGUCGCGGACGAGAUGGAGCGGUGGAUCGUGGAGGCGGAUCUGGACGGGUUCAACAUCGGCCAUGUGUCGACGCCGGGGACUUUUGAGGAUGUGGUCGAGCUGCUGGUUCCGGAACUGAGGAGACGAGGGCUGUACCCGGAGCAGCCGGCGCAGGAGGCAGAGGCCCUGACGGCACGGGAGAGGGUGUACGGGAAGGGACAGAGGGAGCUGCGAGAGGAUCAUCCGGGCAGUCGAUACAAGUACGAUGUAUAUGUAGAUGAUGCAUGA